AUGGGCCGCGGGGCCUGCGUCCCCUCAGCGGCGUCGGGGGCCCACGACCGGGCCCGUCUGCUCGGAGCCGUGCUGGGCGCGCUGUGCCUCCUCCCCACCCUCGUGCUGCUGGCCCGGCCGGGGGCCCUGGGGAACCGGCCAGUGGCGAGCGCAGCGCAGGGAGACGCUGUGUUCCCGACAGCGGGUGUGCUCACCACCCCAAGCCUUGGCCCGCCGCACCCCCCGGCGCCCCGCAGACGCCGCUACACGCUGACCCCGACCCGGCUGCGCUGGGAUCACUUCAACCUCACAUACAGGAUCCUCUCUUUCCCGAGGAACCUGCUCAGCCCCAGAGAGACCCGGCGGGGCCUGGCCGCCGCCUUCCGCAUGUGGAGUGACGUGUCCCCCUUCAGCUUCCGCGAGGUGGCCCCUGAGCAGCCCAGCGACCUCCGCAUAGGCUUCUAUCCGGUCAACCACACGGACUGCCUGGUCUCCCCGACGCACCACUGCUUCGACGGCCCCACGGGCGAGCUGGCCCACGCCUUCUUCCCCCCGCACGGCGGCAUCCACUUUGACGACAGCGAGUACUGGGUCCUGGGCUCCACACGCUACAGCUGGAAGAAAGGUGACCGGCCUGGCCUCCCAAAAGGAGGUAACAUGGCGGCCAAGGUGAUCACCGCUCAGCAGACAAGCUGCCUGGACCGGCUGUUCGUGUGCGCGUCCUGGGCGCGAAGGGGUUUCUGCGACGCUCGCCAGAGGCUCAUGAAGAGGCUGUGUCCCAGCAGCUGCGACUUCUGCUACGAGUUCCCCUUCCCCACGGUGGCUGCCACCGCACCGCCCCCCAGGACCAAAAUCCGGCUGGUGCCCGAGGGCAGGAAUGUGACCUUCCGCUGCGGCCAGAAGAUCCUCCACAAGAAAGGCAAAGUGUACUGGUACAAGGACCAGGAGCCCCUGGAGUUCUCCUACCCCGGCUACCUGGCGCUGGGCGACGCGCACCUGAGCAUCAUCGCCAACGCCAUCAACGAGGGCACCUACACGUGCGUGGUGCGCCGGCGGCAGCACGUGCUCAGUACCUACUCCUGGCGCGUCCGCCUGCGGAGCUGA